AUGACGGGCAACGCCAACUACAGCCAUGAAAUCUACUAUUUUGCGAUCUAUGUACAUAGAAUUCUGGCUGUUCUAUGCUGGCUGUGCCAACAGCUUCAACAACUCACUGCUCACGUCAUCCAACGGAUGGAUGAAGAGCGCGAACGCGGAAACCGAGGUGAAGCGGAUAUGAAGAUUGAUCGAGACGACAAUGAUUUGGACGACGUUGACAUGGAUGACAUUGAAAUGGACGACGCCUUUUUUGACUGA